UCCCCGGACAUCGCCAUCACACCUUUUGACGCCUCAUAACGAGACCGUGCACUCUAUCACACCGAAUACAUUGAAACAGACAGCACGGUCCCGACACCGCGCUCCGCACUCGACGCCUCUCACAACCCGCAGCCAUGACGUCGAUAGGUACAGGCUACGAUCUCUCCAACUCCGUCUUCUCCCCCGAUGGUCGCAAUUUCCAGGUCGAAUACGCAGUCAAGGCGGUAGAGAAUGGUGGCACCGCAAUUGGUAUCCGAUGCAAAGAUGGAGUCGUGCUCGCAUUGGAGAAGUUGGUUUCAAGCAAGCUGUUGAAGAAAGAUGCGAACAAGCGGAUAGCCACGAUUGACAGACACAUGGGCGUUGUUCACUCCGGCCUCCUACCCGAUGGUCGCCACUUCAUCUCCCGCGCACGAGACGAGGCCUCCAGCUGGCGCGGCACCUACAAGGCUCCCAUUCCCGUCGCCUCGCUCGCCAACCGCAUGGGCGCCUUCGUCCAAGCAUACACCCUCUAUUCAUCCGUACGACCCUUCGGCAUCACGGCCAUCGUCGGAGGCUGGGACGCAGAGACCGAGAUCGACGUCGACGGUGUGGUGGGCAGCGGGCCAAAAGCCGGCUCAGGCGGAAAGACGGCGGGUGUCAAGGAAGGCGGACCAUACCUCUACAUGAUCGAGCCGUCAGGAUUGUACUGGGGCUACUACGCCGCAGCGACGGGCAAGGGACGACAGGCGGCCAAGUCGGAGUUGGAGAAGCUCAAGCUGGAUCCUAAGGAGGGUAACUGCUUGACGCUGGAGGAGGGAGUCAAGGAGGCGGCGAGGAUUAUCUAUGUGGCGCACGAGGAUAGCAAGGACAAGGACUUUGAGUUGGAGUUGACGUGGAUCAGCGCGGUCAAUGGUCCGACUAAGGGACGGCAUGAGGAGGUGCCAAAGGCGAUGAAGGAGGAGGCUGAGAGGCUUGCUAAGAUUGCGCUGGAGGGUGAAGAUGAGGAGGAGGAGACGAAGAUGGAGGAGUAA